AUACUCCGAAUAAACUGAUGUGAAACUUACCUUGUGUCUUUAAACCGGAAGUAGUAUAUUGGUAAAGAAAAACGCAUGGGGGUCAAUUUUGUAAACAAAUGACAUGAGCUUUAGAAAAAGGCCCGAUUUACGACCUGUAUCCCGUUUUUUAAAAAGCAUCCCAUUAUGGGAGAGGCCUACUUUUCGAUACCCUAUAUAUCGCCCUGGAAACCCCCAAACCCGUCUUUUUCUGCCUCAGUUUUGGAUGAAGAUAAUGCGAGAUGAACGGAACAAAUCUCCUCCUAACUCGGUUCAAUUUGAAGUCCACAGAGAAAUGACUAAACAUGAUAUCAGAGAAUAUCUGGAGAAGAUCUACGGAGUUAAGGUGCUGAAGAUCAGAACAUAUACCAUUGAAGGCAAGGAUGCCCUUGAAAGGGCCGCGGAUGAGCCCUGGCUGAGGACCACUUUCUCCACCACAGACUUCGACAGAAGGUUUGCCUUUGUCACACUGAAGGACAGCACAUUUUACUUCCCAGAUAUUGCAAAAGGAUAUCGCUCAAAACAAAACAAAGAGGAAGAGGCUGAAAAGAAAACAGCGUUGAAAAAUGAGACCGAGAGUAGUAAAACACUGGGAAUACCCAAGUUCUUCCUACAAUAGAAACUGUGUUUUAUCAUAAAGAGUGACAGACACUAGUGUAUAUCUAUAUGUACAUUAUUUUUUUUGGCUGUAUGUAUGUUUUUGUGUAAUUAAAUUUAUUGCCAGUGCUUAA